UGCGAACUGUGUGGAAUGGUGUCACGUGACGCGGUUCUUAUAAACAGGUGUCAUAUGAUUUUAUGUUAGUGUGCAAUAUGGCGCUCAGGCUCCGGCCGGUGACGGUGUGUUUCCUCGUUGUUUUCAGCGGAGUUUUCAGUUUUCCUCUCGGUCAGCAGAAAAAGGAAACAACAUGCGGAUACCAGUCAUGUCACGCCACCAAGCCCGACAUGUUAAACGUUCACCUGGUUCCUCACACACAUGAUGAUGUCGGCUGGCUCAAGACUGUGGACCAGUACUACUACGGAGAUCGUAACAACAUCCAGCAUGCUGGAGUUCAGUACAUCCUGGACUCUGUGGUGGAUCAGCUGCUAAAGAACCCAGACCGGAGGUUUAUCUAUGUUGAGACAGCCUUCUUCUACCGCUGGUGGAAGCAGCAGAGCUCCAGCAUGCAGCAAACCGUCAAGCAGCUGGUUGAUGAAGGUCGGCUGGAGUUUGUGAACGGUGGCUGGUGUAUGAGCGACGAGGCCACCACCCACUACAGCGCAGUCAUAGACCAGAUGACCUUAGGAUUGAGGUUCCUCAAUGAGACCUUUGGAGUCUGUGGUCGUCCCAGAGUUGCCUGGCACAUCGAUCCCUUUGGACAUGCCCGUGAACACGCCUCCAUGUUUGCACAGAUGGGAUUCGACGGCUUCUUCUUUGGCCGUGUGGACUACCAAGACCGUGCCCGCAGGAUGAAGGACAAGGAGCAGGAGCUUCUCUGGCGAGCCUCCAGCAGCCUCACUCCACCGAUGGCUGACCUCUUCACUGGAAUCCUGCCCAACGGGUACAACCCCCCUGACGGAUUCUGCUGGGACCAGCUCUGCGAUGACGCACCCAUCAGAGACGACCCAGAUCUGGAGGAUUAUAACGUUGACGACGUGGUGACGCGUUUCCUCAAAGCUGCAAACACUCAGGCGUUGGCGUAUAAAACCAAUCACAUCAUCAUGACCAUGGGCUCAGAUUUCCAAUAUGAGAAUGCUAAUCUGUGGUACAAGAACCUGGACAAACUGAUCCUCUACGUCAAUGCGAAUCAGUCGAGCGGGAGCAAAGUCAACCUGCUUUAUUCGACUCCAUCAUGCUACCUCCAGGAGCUGCACCGAGCAAACCUCACGUGGCCUUUGAAGGAAGAUGAUUUCUUCCCUUACGCCGACGCCGCUCAUGAUUUCUGGACGGGCUACUUUACGAGUCGCCCGGCACUGAAACGUUACGAGAGGAUCAGCAACAGCAACCUGCAGACGUGUAACCAGCUGGAGGUUCUGGGCGGUCCAGCUUCCAGGAAGGGACCGUUUGGAGCGGGUGACAGCCAGACUCUGAGUAAAGCCAUGGCCGUGGCUCAGCACCACGACGCCGUGUCGGGCACAGAGAAACAACAUGUUGCUAACGACUACGCCAAGAGGCUAGCUGAAGGAUGGCAACACUGUCAGGUUCUGGUCAGUAACAGUCUGGCUUCUCUCCGUGGUUCCUCGGCUGAAAUAAUCUACUGUGACAACCUCAACAUCAGCGUGUGUCCUCUCACAGAGGCCAGCAAAAAGUUCUCCGUUGGUGUGUACAACCCUCUGGCUCAUCCGGUCACUUGGCCCGUCCGGCUGCCCGUCAACGGAACAGCGUACGGUGUAACUGAUGCUACGGGCAAACCUGUGGACUCUCAGGUGUUUCCAGUGUCCAGAUCCACUCAGGACGUCAGGAGGAACCGCGGCUUCGCUCGGAACGAGCUGGUGUUCCAGGUUCAGGCUCCUCCUCUUGGAUUCAGCACGUACUUUGUGUCGCUGACUCAGGAUCAGCCGCCGCCGCCGUCCUCCCCUCAGCGCGGCGCCCCCCCAGUCAUCCAAAACAAGUACCUACAAGUGACCUUUGACCCUGACACCGGUCUCUUAAGUGGACUCAGCAACCUGGAAACCAAACAGACCAUAAAACUGACACAGAAUUUCUACUGGUACAACUCCAGCAGGGGUAACAACGCGGAGAGCAAACAGCCUUCUGGAGCCUACAUCUUCAGACCAAACUCCUCCACACCUUUAGUUGUCAGCAAGACCGCCAAAGUGCAGAGCUUCCAGAGCUCAGUCGUGCAGGAGGUGAGGCAGCGGUUUUCUCCCUGGGUGUCUCAGGUGGUUCGUCUCUACGCUGACAGCAAAGCUCUGGAGCUGGAGUGGACAGUUGGACCCGUCCCCAUUAAUGACUGGCAGGGGAAGGAGGUGAUCACACGUCUGGACACCAGCAUUAAAACCUCCCAGUUAUUCUACACGGACUCUAACGGCAGAGAAGUGCUGCAGAGGAGGAAAGACUUCCGGCCUACAUGGGAGCUGAAACAAACGGAGCCCAUCGCUGGAAACUAUUAUCCCAUCAACUCUCGAGCAUUUUUAAAGGACGACGAGGACCAGCUCACAGUGGUGACGGAUCGCUCACAAGGAGGCAGCAGCUUACAGAACGGCUCUCUGGAGAUCAUGCUUCACCGCCGGCUGUUGUUUGACGAUUAUCGUGGUGUCGACGAAGCUCUCAAUGAGGCUUCUGAAAUCUUCCCGGACGGGUUGGUGGUCCGCGGCCGCCUCUUCCUUACUCUCGAUCAUCCAGCCAGCGCUGCAGACACACACCGGCCUCUGGCCCAGCAGGUCGUGCUGCAGCCGCUGCUGACAUUUACCGAUGGAGACCUGAGCCCAGAGACUCAGCUGGAGUUUUCAGGGCUGCAGGCUGCGCUGCCGUCUGCCGUCCACCUCCUGACUCUCAGCCAGUGGGACAAAGACUCCGUCCUGCUGAGACUGGAGCAUCAGUUCCAGAGCGAUGAGAGCCAAGUGAACUCCAGACCCGUCACAGUCAACCUCCAGAAGCUGUUUUCCACUCUGGAUGUUCUGGGAGUUUCUGAGCUGAACUUGUCAGCCAAUCAGUGGAAAGAUGAGAUGAAGCGUUUUGAAUGGUCCCCUCAAAAAGAAGAGAAACUGAUGCUGAAGGAGUUCGAGGACCCUUCAGUUACCGAGGUGACCUUGAGACCAAUGGAGAUCCGAACUUUCUUACUCCGAGUCAGCCGCAGAUAAACGUUGCUGAUGAGACUAAUCUGCACUCGAGCCAUCUUCUCUGGUGUGAUCACAGCCAUGAGCUGGUUUUUAAAUUAGAUAACACUUUUUUAAUUAUUCGGUUUUAAAACCACAAAUUCUGUAAGAUUCCUGAGUUUUAUAUAUUUUUAAUUGUUAAAAUGGUUGUGGUGUAGCCACGCCUCCUCCCAGUUUCCCCAAUUAUAAAAAAACAUGAAGCGGCUAGGAAACGUUUACUGCAGCAAAACCCCAAACGACCGAACCCUUUCAGCUCAGACUGUUAACAAGCUCACGUGUUCUGAACAAGCAUCAAAAGAAUUUUUAUAUCAUUUUGGGAGCGUUUUUAUCUUUUCAGCAUGAUUCUAGGUUUUAAUACCAUGAACUGGUAUUUUUGCUCAGGGAUUUCUCUGCUGGACACCAGCUGUGGCUUCAGCGAGAGAAUGUACUGUUAUGAAUCAGCAAUGACACGAGGCAGUACAUAAACCUGAAACACCAUUUAGUUUGGGUUCCUAAUACUUCCACUCACUAUGAAGCGCCGAGUCACCUAAAGAACAAACACGGGUCCGUGUUUAAAUCUGUUCUUCUGUGUUUGCCCUUUUUAAAUGCUUGUUUUCUACUUAUAAAAAACUGACAUUUUGGUCUUCUGCCAACAGAAAAUCCUGUUUUUUCUUACUAAAUGGUGCCAAUUUGUACCAUCUGUGCAAUAAAGAGCUAUUUCAGAUA